GUCACAUGUCAGCGUGUCAUGUGAUUAAUGAAUUGACAGUUAGAAAUUAGCCUCAGACAAUUGUUGCUUUGUGCUUCUAAAGAUGCAUUAAAGAAGACACACUUUAUCCGUUUGGACGUGUUUAACCGGACCUACGAGGUUUAAGAAGAGUAUGCAGCACAGUCAUCUUUGUUGACAACGGCUUAACUGACUAAAGAAUCUGCUAAUGAUGACUCUGCAGAUGGGGAUCGUGUGCCUGGUUCUUCUGGGCCUGAGCGCAGCGCUGGUUUGUCCGGAUGGAGGCAUGUGUGCAGACAAGAACACCUGCUGCGAGAACAACCAGGGAGGAUACAGCUGCUGUCCGCUGCCACAUGCCGAAUGUUGUUCAGACCACCUCCACUGCUGCUACGAGGGAACCGUGUGCGAUCUGGUUCAUGAGAAAUGUGUUAAUAAAACCGUUUCCCUGCCGUGGAUGAGGCGACUCCCAACCAAUCACAUGCAGCUCAUCCCUCAGUUUGGAGGGAGGGUGAAGGCGGUCGUUUGUCCGGAUCAACAGUCCGAAUGUCCCGAUGACACCACGUGCUGCCAGCUUCCUGACGGCUCCUGGGGCUGCUGUCCGUUACCCAAGGCGGUGUGUUGUGAGGAUAAGCGUCACUGUUGCCCCGAGGGAUCCCGGUGUGAUAUUGCCCACUCGAAGUGUGUGUCUGGCGCACUCGAAUCCUUCCCCAUGCUGCAGAAACUGCCUGCUAAAAGGAUUGAGAGUAAACCAGCUUCUGCUUCAGUGAAGUGUCCUGGUGGGAAGAGCAGCUGUCCAGAAAGUUAUACGUGCUGCCUGUUAACCAGCGGAGACUACGGCUGCUGCCCGUACCCAGAGGCCACGUGCUGCAGCGACCAUCUCCAUUGUUGCCCUAGCAACACAAAAUGUGACCUGGAGCAUUUAGCCUGCAAGUCUGGUGAGAGCCACAUGCCGCUAAUGAAGAAGAUCCCUGCUGCACUCAGUGACAUUGUGUGUCCAGAUAAGGAAUCAGUCUGUCCUGAUCAGACCACAUGCUGCCAGAUGACCAAUGGAACAUACGGCUGCUGUCCUCUGCCCAACGCUGUCUGUUGUGCAGAUCACAUCCACUGCUGCCCUGCGUACACCACAUGUGACCUGUCCCACAGCACCUGUAUGUCCACUCAGGGAAACACUCCCACGUCCAUGAAGACACUCGCUGCUGCAGAUCCAGUGGCAGUGCAGAGCAAAGUCUGGGCUGUUCCCUGCAAUGACUCGGUGGCCUGCGCCGAUGGAAGCACCUGCUGUAAAUCCUCAAAAGGAGAAUGGGCCUGUUGUCCUUUACCCAAGGCUGUGUGUUGUAAGGACCACCUGCACUGCUGUCCCCACGGCACCGUCUGUAACCUGGCAGCCUCCACCUGUGAUGAUCCGUCAGGUGGAGCCACGAUGCCCCUUCUUCCCAAAACGCCCGUCUUCCCCAUACUGGAGGAAAAUAGCAAAUGUGACGGGUCUACAUCAUGUCCUGGAGAAGCCACCUGCUGUAAGACGGCGAGCGGAGACUGGGCCUGUUGUCCUCUGCCUCAGGCUGUCUGCUGUGACGAUCACAAACACUGCUGCCCUCACGCUACAGUCUGCAACCUGGAGGCUGAAACCUGCGAUGACCCGUCUGGUCUGUCACUGCCGCUCCCCUGGCUGAAGAAGGGCCCCUCUCUGACCUCGGAGGUGCAGGACGAGAAAUGCGACAAGCAGACUAUGUGUCCGGGAGGCACCACCUGCUGUAAGAAAAACUCCGGACAGUGGGCCUGCUGCCCCUUACCUCAGGCCGUGUGCUGUAACGAUCAGGAACACUGCUGCCCCAAAGGCUACAGGUGCAACAUGGCGGAGCAGACCUGUGACAAGCCCGGCGACCUGAGUCUGCCUUGGCUGCAGAAGGAGCCGGCCUGGCAGAAGGAGCCCAGCCAGACCGUCUCCAUUCAGGCUCGGCCGGACAAGAACAUGUGUGACACUCAGACCAGCUGUCCCAGAGACACAACCUGCUGCUUCAUGGAAACCACCAAGAAAUGGGGCUGCUGCCCUCUGCCAAAGGCAGUAUGUUGCAUAGAUGGAGACCACUGCUGCCCCAGCGACCACACCUGUGAGCCCCACCGGUCUUCCUGCUCCAGGGGUCCUCAUGUGAUACCAUGGUUCACCAAACUGAGCGCUCAGACCGAGGCAGGGGCCGUGACAGAUGUUAAAUGUGACAACAAGAGCAGCUGUCCUGCAGGAACGACCUGCUGUAAGCUGCAGACCGGAGAGUGGGGCUGCUGCCCGCUGGUCAAGGCGGUUUGUUGUGCCGACCAUGAGCACUGCUGUCCUCAGGGCUACACAUGCAACAUGCAGACGGGAACAUGCGAGAAGACAGCUUCUGAUCUGCUCCUGCAUGCGCUUCCUCAGAGUAAAGUGGUACGGUCCGAGCUGAGAGACACGGGGGACGAUGUGGACGUGCCGUGUGACGGCACGGGGAAAUUCCACUGUCCCAAACACGACACCUGCUGUAAGAUCUCCACCACCGAGUGGAGCUGCUGCCCCUCCCCCGGGGCUGUCUGCUGCGAUGACUCCAAACACUGCUGUCCUUCUGGAUACUCGUGUGACCUGGAAGCCGGAGGAUGCACCCUCCAGACCCAGCUCACCUGGGACACUUUUUUGGGGGACAGAAAGAAAGACUUUGUCCCACAUGGACUUUAAUUCCACCGAGGUGGGGUAAUGAUCUGCGACCUUGAAUCCAUCUACAGCUCGUGUCGUCUCUCUGCAGAACGGCUUUUUCUCAAAGGCGUGUUGCACUUUGCGGACGUGCGUUUGCCACAUUUUUAUCUAUUUUGUUUUUGUUUUUUAGAAAUUUUCUGUUUAUAAGUGUGGAAAUAGGAAAUGGGUGCACACCAUAGUCGCAUCCAGAAGGAAACACUUAACAGAAAGAUCAUUGUAUGGCUUCACAGCUUUAUUUAAACAUGUGCAGGAGCCUUUUUUCUGCUCCUCAUGGUUGUAUCUGCUGCAGAGUGGCCCGUAUUUCCCUUUAAUCCAGGGCUCUUCAGCUCCCUGCAGCUGUGCUGCAGGCUUUAAAUGCUUAUCUGCUCCAACACAGCCGUUGAGGCAGGAAAAUAUCUAAAACCUGCAGGACAGGUCCUCGAGGACUGGAGUUGACGAGUCCUGCUUCAAGUGGUUGUUUUGAGCCACAUUAAGGGGAAAUAAAGCUGAAUUAUCCUGUUUUUCCCCGCGAUUGAUUCGAGACGAUUUCACAGCUGAUUUAACACAGCUGGUUCCAUUCAAAUCAAAUCACGAAAAGCAACUGUUAUUCAAAUCUAAUUUUAGUUUUAGCUCAGUCAGACAAUAAAAUGAGAAACAAUCUGUUGUUUGGCAACAACCAAACAAAACAAGCACCUCCGCAUGUCCUUGCAAAUUAUUCCUGCAUUAAUGUUUGGUCCAUAUUUUCAGUUUGAAUCGUUAUUAUUGGCUCAUUGAACUUUGAAUCGAUGUGUUGAUGUUGCACUCCUACAAACCUAAAACCAGCUGACUCCAUGUUUUUGUGGGUUUUUUACUGUACAACGUGGCUGCACUCGCCGUUCUGCCUGGAAGGAGACCAGCAUGAAUGUACUUCCUGCCUUACUGAGCAACGUUCCACAGAAACAAACAUGAGGCUGGAUGACGAACCCAGAGCCUGGAGUUUAUCCUCAUUAUUUCAUUUAGUCAAACCGGUGUGAGGCGAUGAGUCCACCCAGACCAGACUGUUUAUAUGAUGCUUGUUUUCUUGAUUGAUAGCUGAGUGUUUAAAUAAUAAAACAAUGUGAGAGUGGAAA